AGAAUAUGUGGCGAAAUUUUUGGAAAGUUAAAAGCUAAAGAAAAGUAAUAAGAAUAAUUAGAAUUGGAUGAAAAACAUAAACAAAAUAAAAUAAAACUUGUAAAGUAAGAUUUUGCACCCGUGUUCAGAAUCUCAGAUAGUCUAAGAUUAUAUGAAUAUUGCGUCAUUUCAACUAGAUUACACAGUACAAGACAAAUUGAUAAACUCCUUUGUUGAAAUCGGUUAAAAAUAAAGCAUGUAUGGCAAUUUCAGUUGAAAUACGGCAAUUUUUUCCCUCGUAUACGGCAAACCAAUAUAUGACUACUGGCAACACUGUUUGAUUGGGAUUGCAAAAUGGAUGGAUGAUAUUGUUUCUCGUUUUGUUUGUUGUGUAGAAAAAGUGGCACUUUAGUACAAUAUUAAUUUAGUAUUAGUGCUUUACUAUAAUAACAGGACUUUAUAGAUAUAUAAGAAUAGAAAAAAUGUAAAGUGAAUAUUAUUCUGUAUAGAGGACAUGAUCGUUUAAGAUGUGUGUAUUGAAAUAACAAGGGCCUAUUUUGUUAGAUGAGUGAAUAUGACUUCAACUCAAGAAUUCAGUUGCGUGUUUUGUAAAGAUUCCUUCGAAAAUAAAGAGGAGCUGCAAAUACAUUUUAGAAAGCAUGGUGAUCCCAAGUUCAAUCAAAGUUUAAGAAUAAAGAACCGAUCUCAAAAUGAAGCUUCUGAUGAAAAACGGAAUGAAGAUGAAGAAUUGGUUAACUGUGAUGUUUGCCCCGAAGUAUUCCCGACUAUAUCUAAGGCGAUUACUCACAAACACAAAGUACAUCCAGAUCACGACGCCAAAUAUUUCUGCCCCUGGUGUGGAAAACUCUUCACAAUGAAGCACCUGUACAAUAAACAUUUACAAUCAACCCAUCAAGAACAGGGAAAAAAUGAUGAUGUGAACUUUCAUUGUGAUAUGUGCAAUGUUGACUUUUUUAUUGCAACCGCCAUGUUAUACCACAAUAAAUUUUUUCAUAGACAGGAUACUGAUUUGUCUUCAGUGGGACAAUCAAAGAAACUGAGAAUGAUUAAUCAAGAUAUUCUACAAAUUUAUUAUUGUGCAUUUUGUGGUGAUGAAUAUGACAACAAGGUUAACCUACAUAAACAUGUGUUAGAUGAUCACAAUGAUGAGAACCAAUGCCCCGAAGAUGUGCUUAGGUGUCCCUUGUGUGAAGCCAUAUUUUAUCAUCUAGAUGCUUAUGAAUUACAUCUUACUUUUCAUUCAACUGAAGAUUUAUAUACAGAAACAAAUGAAUUGUUUGAGCAGAUAACAGAGUUUUCUUUAGAGACUGUACCUCCAUUAAUGGAAAAAGUGGAAAUUGUGGAAUCCCAAGAUGCUGAAACUGCAAUGAAUGCAAUUGGAUUGGAAAAGUUUUUAGAAAUGGCAAUGGAUAAUUCAAAUGACAAUGACAGUGAAAAGCCAAAAAAAUCCAAAAAACAUAAAAAGCAUAAGAAGAGCAAGAAACCAGCUAUAACUCUUGAUGAAUUCUUAAAUAUGAACAAGGAUGUGUUUGGUGAAGGUUUAGAUUUUGAAGGUAUUGAAGAAGUUCCAACUAAAGUUAUUGCAAAAAGAUUGAAACAGAAAAAAGUAGGUAGACCAAGUCUCAAGCGUUUAGAGAGUACUAAUAUAGAAAAAUUAAAAAAACAAGGAAUUAUAGUUAAAAUGAAUUCUAAGAAAUUGCCAAUAAAGGCUGUUAAAUUGGGAAAUAAAUUGCCUAGCAAGCAGUCUGAAGUCCAACAAAAUACACAAAAUAAAGCCACUCUUCAAACAAAAACACCCAAUGAAGUUUUGUCAAAGUUGUCAAAUUCAGAAAUUAAAAUUAUAAAAACAUCCUCUAAUGAAAAAACCGAUUUUGAUUCUCACAGCGAAUUGACAUCCACUAGUGUAGAAGGUAUCAAAAAGUGCCAGUCACCAGAAAAUAAUAAAGAGUCUCAUAUAAAACAUAGUUUAGUUGCUUCAUCGGGCGCAAAAGAAAAGACUGAAGACCAAGCAAAAAAAUUUUAUAUAAGUAAUGAUGUCAAAAAUAAUAUUUCAAGCUCUUCUAUUUCUCGAACUGAGCCACAGACUGAUUUUGAGUGUUCUAAGAAUACAAAUUCUGGUUUAAUUAAGAAUUCUACAUGCUUUGAAACAAAACCAGUUAUUGAGAAAGAUUGCAUUAACAAAGAAAAUAAUGAUAAUAUAGAAAAAAAAUAUGCACAAAUAAAACCUAAUAUUCUUAGUAACAAUAUUUCUGUAAAAUCUUCAAUUCCAGCCAAUUGUAGUGAAAUAAACAAAGAAUCUGAUACUAUAAAUUCCACAGAGGUACAAUUCAAACUUUCUGAUAAAAGUUUGAAAAGUGACCAUUCAGAUACAGGGAACACUAAACAGCUUUUGGCAUCGAAUGAUAAUAAAAAGAAUUCUUUAGAUGCAUUGAAGCACUUGAGCCAUCUAAUAACAGUCAAAUCGGUUAAUUCAAAGGGUAGUCCUACAUCUGCACAAAGACUACAAAAUAACAGUGACACAAAUGAUUCAGAUGAAGAAGACACUGGAAAUAUAUCAGAUCACAAUGAAGAUGAUAUGCCUGAUAAUGAAACAAAAGUAACAUUUGAUUCCCUUCAAGCAUUAAAAACACUCAAUAAAAAUAUAACAGUAAAACCUCUAAUGCAUUCUAAAAAUGUUAUAGAAAAAAAGUAUGAUAAUGUUGCCGAAUCAAAAGAUGAUAAUGUGGCUAAGAGUAAUAAAACGCAAGUGCUAGAGCGAUAUACUCCUGCAAAGAAUUUGGCGGCUGUUAAUAUAGAUAAUAAUGUUAAGUUGCCAAAACAAACUGCUGAAUUAAAACAGAUUAGCAACAUAGAUACAUAUAUUUCAGAAAAAUUAGAAAAACAGAACGCAAAUGUAAAUCUUCUUAAGCAUUUAAGGAACAUCACUGCAAAACCAGUAAAUAAAACGAGCAAAACCACUACGACAGAUAAGUCAUCAGGUAGUUCCCAGCUCCUAGGUAAAAAAGGCAUAACCCAAACUGAGGUUAAUAAAAAAGAAAUAAAUGAGAACAUUGAAAUAUAUAACAUUGAUGAUUCCGAUAGUGAUGAAGCAGCAAAAUCUAAUUCAAUUCGCCAAGAAGUCAAUACUACCAAGAUUAUAUCUAAUGAAUAUACAUCCAAUAAAUCUCUUGAAAAGUUAAAGCAUGUUCAAAAUAUUACUGUGAAAUCGCUUAAUCAACAGACUACAAAAAUAAAGAAAAAUGUUAUUAAACAGAUACCAUUAUCAAAACAAGCUCUACAUAAUAGUAAUCAAUGCUCAAUGUCUGAUUUCUCUGAUGAAGAUGAUCAAGACAUGUUCAUGCCGGCGAAUCUAAGUAUUAAUCAGAAGUUAAGUCUGCAGAGUUCGAAUAUUCAAGCACUUAAGAACCUGGGAAAAAAUAUAACAGUUAAAUCGCGAAAUUCUUCCCCUAGUGUGUCUGUCACUUCUAACAAAGAUUUAAAUUUUGAGUCUAGAGAUGAUAUGGAUGAUCCAGACAGCGAUAAUGACUUUGUUCCUGGGAAAGUAAAAAUAACUGAACUAAAAGAUGAUAACAUGAGUGAUAAUGAAAUUAAUGACAGAGAGAGCAACACUCACGGACAUGAUGUAAAUGUAUUUGUUCAGUCACCAGAAGGUUCAAAUAGUGACAAUGACAAUGUCAAUGAUUUUAAUGAGGAUCCAGGUGAUGAGAUGUCUGAUUUAGAAACCCACAUUAAAACUAACACACUCAGAAAACCAUUUGAAAAUACACAAGUUCGAUCAUUAGACAUAAAAAAUAUAAAUAAAAAUCUAACGAUAAAAUCAAUAAACAAAGGAAAUAAAGAGAUUCAGCCAUCACCGUCGAAAGUCAUUCCUUCCGCAAUAAGUAGUAAUAAAGAAUUGUCUAUAAAACCAUUUAAGCAAACAACAGAAGAAGAAAACGAUUCAGUCUCUGGAAUAAAUAGUAAAGUUACAAAGUCAGCGCAAGCAAUUAAUCAAUUAGUCAAUCAAAAUGUAGCAUCAGAUAAUCAAGUCAGUACUGUAAAUAAAGAGGUCACAGUGAAAACGUUUCAAACCAAAACUGUAAUACAAGAGAUCACCACUACUGUUACAAAGACAAUAAAAACAGUCAACCAAACAGUGAAACAACAAUCUCAAAGUUCUAGAGAUAUUGCUCAACCUAUAAAAUAUCAAAAAGUUCAAGGAAUGAGGUCUAACCAAAACUUUAAAAAUUUCCAAGGUGUUACAGUUCGUCAAGCGACACCAACUUUUGGGACAAAAGUCAGAGGUUUGACUCCUACAAGACCAACAAUAGGAGCAACACUGAGGCCGCCUAAUCAGUUAGUACCUGUAAGACCAUCAUUCAAUCCAACAAGAGCAACCACUCCAAGAAUGCCAACUGUAAAAAAAAUUGGUCCUUCGUCUUCUCCUCGCCAACAAGGUCCAAGUGUAGGAAGACCAAUUAAAAUUUCCCCUAAUGUUAUGACCACAACUAAAAGGCCAUCUGAAGAUGCCAUAGGUCAUUUCAGUUGCUUUAAAAAACCAAAAGAAUCACUCAUUCCUGUAUCUGAUGUUCCAAAUUUCGACAAUGAACAGAUGAACUCUACCGUUCAGUAUACUUCUCAUAGUAAAACGAACUUUAGCAGUGCAACAAAAGUUGUAAGAGGAAACACAGUGGUCACCGCUUCACAAGUGAAAACUGAAAUGAGUAGUAGCUCACAAUUGAGUAAACUUAAUAAUUUGUCAGGAAUAAAAGUAGUUAAAACUAGUCAAAGUAAGCAAGCAGUACAAGUUGAAGAGAAGAACGAACUUAAUGCAUCACAACGCAAUACUUUAGAGGCAAUAGAAAAAUUACAGAAGCAGGGUCUUCUAAUAAAGAAGCCUCGUGUGGAGGUAAACAAUGAUAGUGACCCUUCAGAUGGAGAAAAUGACCAGUACUUGACAGAAGAGCCAGAAGAUUAAGUUUUGUUGCCUAUUUAUUUUCAUAUAAUAACAAUUCUAUAUAUUCAUAAUAUUGAUGUAAAUAUGUAAAGAACAAUAGAAUAAGAGUACCUAAUGUUCUUUUCAUUAAUAUUUAGUUUUCAUUACUGAGUCUGCUUUACCUGUUAACACAUUGUCCACAAAUUCUUAAUUUAUACUUAUGAGUUGUACCUAAGCCUAUUACAUAAUAGUUUGUUUCUUAUAUAUUUGUGGUUCCGACGUUAAUUUCUGGCAGAUAUUGUAAAUAUUAAAUUUAAAGAUGUGGUAGAAAUUCAAGUGUACAAUCGACAGCACAUCUGGUUAUGAAAAACACACAAAUUCCUUUGAGUUAUUGUAACUAAAGUUAUUGUAAUUAAAGUUAAAAAUCGUAUGAGAUUCGGUAGUAACCUGACGUACUGUUCUGUGUACUGCGUCUUUUUGUUCCUACAUAAUUUAUGAAAUUUAAUACUUUACAUAUUAAAAUAUGUAAAUGGCAUUGUAAGC